GUGUAUUCAAUGAUCGCCAUCUUUAUUUAGGCUUGCUUUGAUUGCUCCAUAUAGUAGAGGUUCUACAACCACAUUACGAUUUCUGUUUUGUCUUAUUUUGAUUAAUUAUAUCGAGUAAUCAACAUGCCGAAAAAAGGAAAGAAAGGAAAGAAGGGGAAGGGAAAGAAGGGCAAAGGAAAUGUUUCCAACUAUAAUAACAAUUAUACAGCUAAAGAAAAAAAGGGAGGAAAGAAGGGAGGAAAAAAGUCUGAAUCUGUAGCAGCACUUGCUGCAGCAAAUGCUAAAGUAUGGGAGACUCGGCUGAGCAUCAUACAGCGAUCAAAGCAGGAAUACAGGGAGAAUGCCAAGAAGCUGAUGGUGGAGAAUGAGGCACUGCAAAGUCAGAUGCUGCAGACAGAGCGUGAUACCAUAGAUGUUGUAACCUACUUCAAGAAACAGGACGCACAGAAAGACUUGCAGUUGCAGCAACUGGGUGACCAGAUGCGGGACCUUAAGGAACAUCGGCAGGAACAAGAGAAGCUGGUGGAAGACUUCAGCAAGCAGGUCAAUUUGCUAGAAGAAAAGCUGGGCGAGAAGACACGAGAGGUGGAGCUCCUGCAAAGUGAACUAAAGCUAGUUAAAGAGUUUCGUCGCAAGAGAGGCCUUAUGCAGAAGGAGCUUGAUGAGAUUAAAGAGUUGAUGCACAAUACAAGUAGAGAACACAAAAUUACUCUGACUCAAAUGGAACAAAAAUUCUUUGAGGAAAAGAUGCAUCUGCAGCAAGAAGCAAAUCAGAAGAUCGCAGAACUGGCAGAAAAGGCCCACACAGAAGCUAUUGUAAACUUGGAUGAGACAACAAAGUCUGUGUACAAAGAGAAUGUUCGUCUGACAGAAGCACUGAACUAUCACAUGAAAGAAGGUGAUUUCCUGAAGAAAGAACGAGAACGCCUGACUAAAGAAACAGAAAAGCUUAAAGAUGAGAAAGAAAUCAAAGAUCUGGUGGUGCAGGAAAAGAUUGUCCAAAACAAGCAGCAGAAGGAGUUGAUUAAAGAGCUGCAAGAAAAAGUGCAGACCUUAGAAAAAGCACUCAGCCAUGUUAUCCAAGAGUUCGAGACAGAGAAGCAGCUGAUCACGGUGAAUGCUCGAACAGAGAGUGAAGCUGCUCGCAUUGAAUUGUCAAAACUGCAGCGGGUUAUUGAAAUGAAAACUAAGGAAAUGAAUAAAGUGAAACAUUUGGCCAAAAACAUCCUUGACCAGCGCACAGAGCUGGAGAGGUUCUUUCUUGAAUCACUGGAACAGGUCAAACAGGAGAUAAUAGCUAAUCAAACACAAUAUCGACGAGAUGCUCAAGCAGCCUAUCAGCAAAAAAUGAUGGCUGCACAUGCAGGAAGAGGAGAGUACCCAAAGAUUCGAACAUUUGGAAACACUGAGACCAGCACCAACAGUGUCUUCAAGGACAUGGAGGCAGCUGAGAGACUGAGGAAAUUGAAAUAUGGACUGACAGGUAAAGUUGAUGUUGGUGACCUCACCUGGGAGCAGAAAGAAAAGGUUCUGCGCUAUCUGUUUGCUCGCAUGAAUGGAAUGCAGCAGAGUUCAGCCUCUUUUCCCAAACAGCCUAUUUUGCCAGCCAUUGGAAACAGCAAUCAAUCAGCCCUCAAACCUACUGAGGAGACAGAUGAAGACACAGACAAGACAUUUAUAACACAGGUAAACAUGGACUUUAAGGCAGUGGAGGCUCUUCAGUCAGUAAUUGUGAACCUAGGACAGGCUCCUCAAUCAGCUGUGAAGGUGCAGGAAGCUCAUGUGUGAAGUGCAUACAGCCCAAGCCUACUGUGGGCAUGGAGAAUGGUUUGCAAUGUACACACUGGCUAUUAAAAUGAUUUGACACUAUACAAACUCAAAAAAAGUCCUGAAAAUUAGUUUUAAAAAUUAUAAUUUUCAUCUGAAAUCAUUUUCUCUAAACAGGCAGCUAUAAAAGUUCAGAUUUUGUGGCAACUGUUUGUCCUGGCUGGUCUAUGCCAACACAUGAAUUAAACAACAAAAGACCAGAAAUUUAAAAUUCCACUUCUACAAGUUAACACCUGUCUGGUGCAUUUUGGCCAAGUGUACUCCCUUACAAACACUUAAAAGCUAAACUGUGAUACAUUUUACAGAAAUAAUCUAUUUCUUAGACGAAACUUAUUUUCCACUCCUGUCAUUUUGAUUUACUGCGCUCCUAAUGGCUUCUCCAUCUCUUCCACCCACCCUCCCUCUUCAACUUCAGGUUUUUUAGCAGUCUCUGUGCCCUGCUUCAAUCUCGUUUUUCUUCCUUACUGUAUGCAUCUCAUGAGCAUGCACACCCUACCACCAUUCACUUUUGUGUAGAGGGAAAGUCAAUGACAGAAAAAGAGUGUCCAAACGUGUGUGUGUGACACGAACUAGUUUGAGUACAGGAUUUUUUGUGUGAUGUGCAUGCAUCCAUAAAAUUAUAAUUAUGAACUGUAGGUAUCACCAAUUAAACUUAUGUCAAAGCUCGUUUUAGCGACCUGUCUACAAAAAAAUUUAAUUUUUUUGCAACUGAGGACUGCAUUUUUUUCAGCAAUGUGGUCUAGGAUUUUGGUUCUUCCUGUAGUAAACAAAUGUUGUCAUAUCUUGUAUUCACUUAGUGCUAUUUCAGUCAGCAUUCUCUGUGCCAAUUUUUUUCCUGAUAAUAAAGAUAUCUCCGAAUGAUAAG